AUGGUUGAAUCGAUGAGUUACCACCUAAACGACGGUACGGUUGUGACCCAAGAGCAACUGGAUCAUUGGAACCAAGGUCUAUCCAGUCUGCAGAGCCCACAGCAGGUACUACAAUGGGCUCUAUUGACCUUUCCACAUCUGUGUCAAACCACAGCGUUUGGAUUAACUGGCCUGGCCACCGUCGAUAUGUUGGACAAAUUGACAGAUUCUAAGAUGGUUCCAUUAAUCUUUAUCGACACUCUACAUCAGUUCCCACAAACUCUAGACCUCUUAAAGAAGGUGGAAGACCGCUACUAUGCACCUUCUGGUCAAAAGGUUCACAUUUUCAAACCACAAGGUUGUAAUACAGAGGUGGAAUUUGCCCAAAUGCAUGGUGAUUUCCUUUGGGAUCUAGAUGAGGAAAAAUACGAUUUCUUGGUCAAAGUGGAGCCUGCUCACAGAGCCUAUAAAGAACUAAAAUGUGCUGCGGUUUUGACUGGACGUCGUAAGACUCAAGGAACCUCGAGAUCACAAUUACAAUUUAUUGAACUAGAUGCCUUAAAUGGGAUCGUUAAGAUCAACCCGCUAGCCCUAUGGGAUUUUAACCAAGUGAAUAACUACAUCAGGGAGAACAACGUUCCAUAUAACGAAUUACUUGACCUCGGUUACAAAUCAAUUGGUGAUUAUCACUCUACGCAACCGGUUAAAGAAGGUGAGGAUGAGCGUGCGGGACGUUGGAAGGGCAAGACAAAGACUGAGUGCGGCCUACAUGAAACGAGUAGAUUUGCUCAGUACUUGAACGCUUCUCGGACUUAA